CUAUUUCUUGAAAUACACACCACUCUGCUAGUGUAAUUUCCACCAAUCCUGUGGUUGUCAAGAGACCCUGGUUUUCGUGUGUGUGAGUAAGAGAAGGAAGCAUUGGUGGUAAAUAUGGCGGGGAAAAUAUCUUGGUUCUGGAACGAACGUUUUUGGCUACCUCCAAACACAACAUGGGCUGACCUUAGGUCUACAGAUGAUUCCCGUUAUCCAGCACUGGAAGAUCUUUAUAUCGUUUUUCCGUAUGCAGUACUUUUGCUUUUUAUCAGACUAUGUUUUGAAAGGUUGAUUGGUAUGCCAUUUGGAAGACUCCUGGGAAUCAAACAGAACCCCAAUCGUAAACCUGAACCAAACACGAUUCUGGAAAAAGCAUAUAAUUCCGUCACCCAUAAUCCAGAUAAAGCACGGCUAACGGGUCUUGCAAAGCAGCUUGAUUGGUCUGAAAGACAAGUAGAAAGAUGGUUUCGAAUUCGCAGGAACUAUGGGCGGCCAAGCACCUUGACAAAGUUUUCAGAAACCAGUUGGCGUUUUUUAUUCUACGUGGUAGCUUCGGUGUAUGGUAUGACGCAUGUACCUUAUGAACCUUGGUUUUGGGACACCAGGAAGUGUUGGGAAGGCUUUCCAUAUCACCCUAUAGAACCUUUCAUGUACAAUUAUUACUUUAUGGAGCUGGUGUUUCAUUGGUGUCUUAUCUUGUCAGUCCUAUUUGAUGUUAAAAGGAAGGAUUUUUUACCAAAUAUCAUUCAUCAUUUUGUGACUGUAAUGUUAAUUAGUUUCUCAUGGGUUUGUAAUUUUGUGAGGAUAGGAGGUCUUGUGCUCACCUGCCACGACAUGUCAGAUGUCUUCCUGGAGUCAGCCAAGAUGUCUAACUAUGCCAAGAGAGAAUCUCUAACCACUGUUCUUUUUUCCUUAUUUGCGAUUACAUUCUUUUUAUCAAGAAUCGUUCUGCUACCCUAUAGAAUCAUCUACAGUUCAAUAAUUGAAUGUCGGGAGAUUGUUGGUUAUUUUCCAUCGCAUAUAUUCUUAAAUGGUUUGAUGGUAGUUUUGCAAAUUCUUCACUUUUACUGGUUCUACCUUAUUAGUUGUAUGGUCUACUCUACCGUCAUAAAGGGAAAGGUAGGCAAAGAUAACCGAAGUGAUGAUGAGGAUACCGAAGAAUCUGAUGAAAUUCCAGAGUCGAAUGGUGACAUAAAGAACCACGUUAACAAUGGGACAGAGAUCAACAGCAGCUUGUAAAGGCUAGUGCCUCAUUGUCUGCAUCGGUGUUUGCUUCAGUACCUUGUUAGUAUUACUACCAGAAUUUUUCAAAUCUUUUAAUGAAUAAUGGAAGGAGAUAAGUAACACAUUUAGAAUUGUUUGUUGGUUCUAUGCAGUGUUUUUCAAUGUUUUGUUUGUUUUAGAAAUGUGAGUUUGGUAUGUUGCAGAUACUUUAAGGAACUGAGGUCAUGUGAAUGACCUGAACAUCAUUUGUGCCAAUAAUUUACUGAUUUACAUUUUUUAACUGUUGGAUUAAAUUGUGAAUAAAAAAUCCAACUUACGUUUGCGGGCUAUGCUGAUGCUUUAAUCAACGAUUAAUAAUAUAUUUUAUUAGUCGAUACACGAAAAAGGUCCAUUUUAACUAUUCUUUGUUGUUUCAUGUACAGUAAUUGGUUUUAAGAAUUUAAAAGGUGGCUCUUAAAAUUAACUGCUGUCUUGACCCUAUACAAAAAAAUGUAUCCACACAACUUAUUAAUGUUAAAAAAACAUAAUUAUGGCUUUAGUUUGGGAGAUGUUUUUCAGCUCAUUAAAAACUGCUGAUUGUGGCUCAUUUACAAAAAAUAGAUUGCAGUUUUCUGUAAUGUAAAAUUUAUAUGUAUCUACGUUUAGUUUUACUACAUUUAAAGUGUAAGAAUUGUGGGUUGGGAUUUUUUUAAAAAGCAAAUCAAUUUAAUAAAGGUUAAUAGAUAAAAUGAUAUAUAAAUUCCUGAGUCGUCCUACUUUGACUAUGGGUCAGUAACAUAUAAAAAAGACUUUAAACCAUAAAUAGCAUUCCUGGGUUAUUAUUUAUUGAUUUGAAUGGAUAAAAUAUAACACUAAACCUUAAAGAAAAGCAUUCCUUGCUGAUUAUAGUUAAUUUGCAAUUACCCCAAACUAGACCCAAAUGGAAAUAGGUUUUACUUACAUUUAAAACUUUAUUGGUUUUCCAAGUUCAGUUGGUUUCCAUUUAACUUUUACUGUGUAUUUUUAAUGCCUGUUCACUCUAUAUAAAUAUUAUAUUGUUGUGGAACUGAAUAAAUCAAGUCAAUUCAAAGACAAUCAUCAAAAUCAAGACCUUGGAAGCCACUUUUUGGGAAGGGGUUACUUUUAACAAAUGCUGACACCUAUGACUGAAGCAAAGCCUGAACCAUUUGACAGCUUAAGCUGGGGUACCUGAGAAGCAUGGCUGGAUGAGAAGGGUCAGUGUGUGGUUCGAGUGCCUGACCACUAGGAUAAGAACCAAAAUGGAAACUGUUUCACAAAUCUAGCAUAAUAAUAGGAUAGGUUUCCCCAACUUUAUUGAAGAACGUAAUGGAGUGGAGCUGUAACUUGGUAGUUAAGAUACUUGCUUCCAGUCCCCAGGGUCAUAGGCUUAAUCAUGUCAAACCCCACUCCCCAAGUCUGAUAAAGAGACUUAAUUUAUAGAGUAUCCUUCCAUCCUGUAAUGACUGACAGUGUACUUUCUGUUGGAGUUGAAAGAAACACAGGUGUAAUAAAAUGAAUUAUAAGUCAGUGGUGGCUUCAUCACUUUCUAUUCCCAACUGAGCACUGAUCGAUAUAGUGGCUCUGAUUUGUUGCAUCUCAAGGCUGGGGUGAACCAGCAGUUUUAAUAAAGGUUGAUGGACAUCACAACUAACUUAUAAAGCAAUUACAGUCAAGUAGGAAAUAGAAACCUUAGGAACCAUUGUUUCCUUCAAAAAUUGCCUUCAGCCCUGUGGACUUCAGGCAAUUUUUUCAUGAGAUAAUGGCUCCUUCAGCUUCUAUUUCGUAUAAUGUACUCAAAACCAGACUAUAAUUGCUUAAUGUAAUUCCUUUGGCAAUAGUGAUAUCUCUACAGUAUGUGCCAAAAAUAGGUGAAAAAGAAAAUAGACAUUAAAUUUAAAGCUGAUGUUCCAGUUAUAUUCUUUGCCUAUAACAAGUUUAUAUUGUUCUUUCUUUCAUUUAUGAAAUACUCCAUUUCUGUCUUUAUUUCAAAUAUUUGAAAACAAUGACUUAGAUAAUAAAAUCAAAAUUGAGCUUAAUGAAAAAAAAAACAUAAUAUUGGGAAAUACAUACAAGUUGAAAAAAUGAAUAAAUAAAUUAAGAUAAAUUAUGUGUAUUACAAGCUAUAUAUUUUGGGUUUGAAAUAGAAUUUUUAAAAGUUGAAAUUAUUAUUUGAAUAUUACUACAGUAUCACCUUAGUACAAACAAUGAUGCCACAAAUAGUUAUCAUUAUUAUUUAUUACAGUAGUAGUAUCAUGUUGAUAAGGAUAAUAAUGAUAACAAUGGUAA